AUGGGCUUGAAAACAGCUAACUGCGUGGCCCAUGCCAUGCAGACUCUCCGAUCCACAACCUAUCUUCGAGCAUCCAUCUCCCAACGCUUAGCGGCCCCUACAUAUCUCGUCCCCGGAACUGCUAUAUCGACGCGCAUACAAUGGCAUGGAGGUGUUCGUGGUUACGCCACCGAAUCUCAAGCUCAACAACCCGAGCAGACCGCUGCCCCGGAAAUUGAUUUCGUAAAGCUUGAAAGCAGGCCCGUACGAGUUAUUCCCGCAUCACCUUCCUAUUUUUCGGGCAGUCCAAAGUUCUUCGACCACCUGUUGAGACUUGAGAGCCUUUUGGCAAAAUAUGCGACAUUACCGACUGUGCCUGCCGGCGAGGCUCCUAGAAUGGCUUGGUUGAAGCUACCGGGAUUCCGAGAAUUCGUUGGCGAACAGGUUCCUACGAAGAAAUACAAAGGCCUACUCCAAAUUCUGCAACGGUUAAAUCGGAUUGAACCCGGCGUCAUUCCCGACGAGGUUCGCCUCACGUUGAAAGAUUUCCUUCGUCCAGGAAAUCCGUAUGCCCUGCAGGCCGCGCAACCUACUGUGGAUGAAUUGGGUCGUGCUCGUGGAAAAGGAAAGCGUAAGUCGUCAUCCGCAGUAGUGCAACUGGUAGAAGGCGAUGGGGAGGUUCUGGUCAACGGAAAGAGUUUGGUCGAGGCGUUCCCUCGAGUGCAUGACCGUGAGAGCGCGACGUGGGCCCUUAGGAGUUCAUCCAGGCUAGAUAAGUACAACGUGUGGGCUACGGUUAGGGGCGGCGGCACAACCGGACAGGCUGAGGCUGUCGCCUUGGCGCUUGGACGCGCAUUGAUGGUACACGAGCCUGCAUUAAAGCCCAUCUUGCGAAGAGCCGGCGUUAUUACCGUGGAUGCUCGACGUGUGGAGAGAAAGAAGCCUGGCCACCUCAAGGCGCGCAAGGCUCCUACAUGGGUCAAGCGAUGA